CUCUCCUGUUCAGCGGGCUCCCAGGGAAAAGCAACAGUGUCCUUCUGAGCCUGAGGCCACCGCGGCCCAGACGGGCUAAGGGACCGGUGUCCCCCUCACCCCUCGAGGUGCUCUGGAGCCCUAGCACCAUGGAUGCUCUCAAUAGGAACCAGGGAGGACCUGGAUGCAAGACCCAGGCCAUGGUGCAGAAAGGACCCUUGGACUUGAUCGAGACAGGCAAAGGGCUGAAAGUGCAAACGGACAAACCCCAUCUGGUGAGCCUGGGCAGUGGGCGACUCAGCACUGCCAUCACCCUGCUGCCGCUGGAGGAAGGGAGGACGGUGAUUGGCUCUGCAGCCAGAGACAUCUCACUGCAGGGGCCAGGCCUGGCUCCAGAGCACUGCUACAUUGAGAACCUGCGGGGCACCCUCACCCUCUACCCUUGUGGCAAUACCUGCACUAUUGAUGGGCUCCCUGUCCGGCAGCCCACACGGCUCACUCAGGGCUGCAUGUUGUGCCUGGGUCAGUCCACUUUCCUCCGCUUUAACCACCCGGCUGAAGCCAAGUGGAUGAAGAGCAUGAUUCCAGCAGGGGCCCGGGCCCCUGGGCCCCCCUACGGCCCUGGCCUCGUGGAAUCAGAAAGUCUGGUGAAUGGGAACCAUACCCCGCAGUCUGCAACCCGGGGACCCUCGGCCUGUGCCAGCCACAGUUCCCUGGUGAGCUCUAUUGAGAAGGACCUGCAGGAGAUCAUGGACUCUUUGGUACUAGAGGAGCCUGGGGCUGCUGGCAAGAAGCCUGCUGCAACCUCUCCGCUGUCGCCGAUGGCUAAUGGUGGGCGCUACCUGUUGUCCCCACCAACCAGCCCGGGUGCCAUGUCUGUGGGCUCCAGCUAUGAGAACACCUCUCCAGCCUUCUCUCCACUCUCCUCACCAGCCAGCAGUGGAAGCUGUGCCAGUCACUCACCCAGCGGGCAGGAGCCAGGACCUUCUGUGCCCCCACUGGUGCCUGCCCGUUCAUCCAGCUACCAUCUGGCCCUGCAACCCCCUCAGUCCCACCCGAGUGGUACCCGCUCCUCUGAGAGCCCUCGGCUAGGCAGGAAAGGGGGUCAUGAGAGGCCUCCAAGCCCUGGCCUCCGAGGUCUGCUGACAGACAGCCCUGCAGCUACCGUCUUGGCAGAGGCCCGCAGAGCCACAGAGAGCCCCCGGCUGGGUGGGCAGCUGCCUGUGGUGGCUAUCAGCCUGAGUGAAUACCCAGCUUCCAGUGCUCGCAGCCAACCCACCUGCAUCCCUGGCAGCCCUAAGUUCCAGCCUCCAGUCCCUGCUCCCCGCAACAAGAUUGGCACGCUCCAGGACCGCCCUCCCAGCCCUUUCCGUGAGCCUCCAGGCACUGAGCGGGUGCUGACAACCAGCCCUUCACGCCAACUGGUGGGCCGAACAUUUUCAGAUGGGUUAGCCACCCGCACCUUGCAGCCUCCUGAGAGUCCCCGCAUGGGUCGGCGGGGCCUGGAUAGUAUGCGAGAACUCCCUCCCUUGAGCCCAUCUCUGUCCCGACGAGCUCUCUCCCCUCUGCCUACCCGGACCACCCCAGAUCCCAAGCUAACCAGGGAAGUGGCAGAGAGUCCUCGUCCCCGGCGCUGGGCAGCCCAUGGGGCUUCACCAGAGGACUUCUCCCUGACUCUGGGGGCCCGGGGCCGUAGGACACGGAGCCCCUCACCCACACUGGGGGAGUCCCUGGCCCCCCGCAAGGGCAGCUUCAGUGGCAGGCUGAGCCCAGCCUACAGUCUGGGCUCUCUCACUGGGGCUUCGCCCCGACAGAGCCCCUGUGCCCAGAGAAAGCUCUCCAGUGGGGACUUGCGGGUACCCGUCACUCGGGAGCGGAAAAAUAGCAUCACAGAGAUCAGUGACAAUGAGGACGACCUCCUGGAGUAUCACCGGCGGCAGCGCCAAGAGCGACUCCGGGAGCAGGAGAUGGAGAGGCUGGAACGCCAGCGCCUGGAGACCAUCCUGAACCUGUGUGCCGAGUACAGCCGGGCUGACGGGGGACCUGAGGCUGGGGAGCUGCCCAGCAUUGGGGAGGCCACUGCAGCAUUGGCACUGGCAGGGCGGAGGCCCUCAAGAGGCCUUGCAGGGGCCCCUGGGGCCUCUGGGCAGAGCAGCGAGGAGCCUGGAGGUGCCACCCAACGCCUAUGGGAGAGUGUGGAGCGCUCAGAUGAGGAAAAUCUCAAGGAGGAGUGCAGCAGCACUGAGAGCACCCAGCAGGAGCAUGAAGAUGCACCUAGCUCGAAGCUCCAGGGAGAGGUGCUAGCCCUGGAGGAGGAGCGGGCCCAGGUGCUGGGGCGCGUGGAGCAGCUCAAGGUCCGUGUGAAGGAGCUAGAGCAGCAGCUGCAGGAGUCAGCCCGAGAGGCUGAAAUGGAGCGAGCGCUGCUGCAGGGGGAGAGGGAGGCAGAGCGAGCACUGCUGCAGAAGGAGCAGAAGGCAGCGGACCAGCUGCAGGAGAAGCUGGUGGCCUUGGAGAUGGGCAUCCAGAAGGAGAGGGACAAGGAGAGGGCGGAGCUGGCCGCGGGACGGAGGCACCUGGAGGCCCGCCAGGCGCUCUACGCCGAGCUCCAGACGCAGCUCGAUAACUGCCCCGAGUCAGUGCGGGAACAGUUACAGGAGCAGCUGAGAAGGGAGGCAGAGGCCCUGGAGACAGAGACGAAGCUCUUUGAGGACUUGGAGUUCCAGCAGCUGGAGCAGGAGAGCCGCGUGGAGGAGGAGCGCGAGCUGGCCGGCCAGGGGCUGCUCCGGAGCAAGGCUGAGCUGCUCCGCAGCAUCACCAAGAGGAAGGAGCGCCUGGCAGUCCUGGACAGUCAGGCUGGGCAGAUCCGGGCUCAGGCCGUGCAAGAGUCGGAGCGCCUGGCCCGUGACAAGAAUGCCUCCUUGCAGCUGCUGCAGAAGGAGAAGGAGAAACUGACCAUGCUGGAAAGGAGAUACCACUCACUCACAGGGGGCAGGCCUUUCCCGAAGACCACAUCGACCCUCAAAGAGUACGUGACGCUUGAGCAGCUAAAGGUGACCUGGGGCACCUCGCCCAUGCCCCCAGCCCCUGCGCCAGGCCUGCCUCCCUGGGCCUCUGCCUCCCAGGACCUGGCUCCCACCACCUGCCUUCCUCCCGCGCUGCCCUCCUCCUCCUUCGCUUCCAUCACGCCUUUACCCAAGAUGGAGAAGCUGCUGCUCCCUGCUGUAGACUUAGAGCAGUGGUACCAGGAGCUGAUGGCCGGGCUGGGGACUGGCCCCGCUGCAGCCUCCCCUCGCUCUUCCCCCCCGCCUCUGCCUGCCAAAGCUUCCCGUCAGCUGCAGGUUUACCGCUCCAAAAUGGAUGGUGAGGCCACUAGCCCUCUGCCUCGGACCCGCAGCGGCCCCCUCCCCUCCUCCUCUGGCUCUUCUUCCUCCUCCUCCCAGCUCAGCGUGGCUACCCUGGGCCGUAGCCCCUCCCCAAAGAGUGCUCUACUCACCCAGAAUGGCACGGGCAGCCUUCCACGCAACCUGGCAGCUACGCUGCAGGACAUUGAGACCAAGCGCCAACUGGCUCUGCAGCAGAAGGGCCAGCAGGUGAUUGAAGAGCAACGGCGGCGACUGGCUGAGCUGAAGCAGAAAGCAGCGGCCGAGGCGCAGUGCCAGUGGGAUGCCCUGCAUGGGUCUGCGCCCUUCCCGGCAGGCCCCUCGGGCUUCCCCCCACUCAUGCACCACUCCAUCCUGCACCACCUGCCGGCUGGGCGGGAGCGUGGGGAGGAGGGCGAGCAUGCCUACGAUACGCUGAGCCUGGAGAGCUCCGACAGCAUGGAGACCAGCAUCUCCACGGGGGGCAACUCGGCCUGCUCCCCUGACAACAUGUCCAGUGCGAGUGGGCUGGACAUGGGGAAGAUUGAGGAGAUGGAGAAGAUGCUGAAAGAGGCUCAUGCAGAGAAGAGCCGGCUCAUGGAGUCAAGGGAGCGGGAGAUGGAGCUGCGGCGGCAGGCCCUGGAGGAGGAGCGGCGGAGGCGCGAGCAAGUGGAACGGAGGCUGCAGAGUGAGAGUGCCCGGAGGCAGCAGCUGGUGGAGAAGGAGGUCAAGAUGCGGGAGAAACAGUUUUCCCAGGCACGACCCCUGACCCGCUACCUGCCAAUCCGGAAGGAAGACUUUGACCUGAAGACCCACAUUGAGUCAUCAGGCCACGGUGUCGAUACCUGCCUGCAUGUGGUGCUCAGCAGCAAGGUCUGCCGUGGCUACUUGGUCAAGAUGGGCGGCAAGAUUAAAUCAUGGAAGAAGCGCUGGUUUGUCUUCGAUCGCCUCAAGCGUACCCUUUCCUAUUACGUGGAUAAGCAUGAGACGAAGCUGAAGGGGGUCAUCUAUUUCCAGGCCAUCGAGGAAGUGUACUAUGACCACCUGCGCAGUGCAGCCAAGAAGAGGUUUUUCCGCUUCACUGUGGUGACUGAGAGCCCAAACCCAGCCCUCACCUUCUGCGUGAAGACCCAUGACCGGCUGUACUACAUGGUGGCCCCAUCUGCAGAGGCCAUGCGCAUCUGGAUGGAUGUCAUUGUCACAGGGGCUGAGGGCUACACUCAAUUCAUGAACUGACUGCCAUGGGCCUCCUGGACCCUCGGGCUGGCCCCAGGACCCAUGCCCGGCCAUGGGCUGCUCUGCUGCCCUGGAGAGAGCCGUGCGCCGGGCCUCAGGGCUCACAGAAGCAGGGCAUGGCAGUGUGUGACUGGGGCGUUUGUAUAAGAAGACUUUGUAAUAUUCCGUAA